AGAGAGAGGAGAAAGAAGAGGAAAAGAGAAAAAAAGAAGAAAGAAAGGAGAAAGAGAGAGAGAAGAGAAAGAAGAGAGAGAGAAGAGAGAGAAAAAAGAAGAGAGAGAGAGAGACAGAGAGAGAAAAAAAAAGAGAGAGAGAAAGAAAAAGAGAAGAAAAGACAGAGAAGAGAAGAGAAGAGAAAAGAAAAGAGAAAAAGAGAAGAGAAGAGAAAAGAAGAGAAGAGAAAAGAAAAGAAGAGAAAAGAAGAAGAAAAGAAAAGAGGAGAGAAGAGAAGAGAAGAGAAGAGAAAAGAAGAGAAAAAAAGAAAAUAG